AUGCAAAUUAUUGGUGAUAAUAAUUCGGUGCAGACAAAAAUAGCUGUGGCGUUAACUGUUUUCAGUGGGCAUGACCCUAAAGUGCUCAUUGGCAAUGGUAACGAAACUUCACUUUUGCCUCAGAGCUUCAAAUUAAUGCCAAUGCUCAAGGAAUCAACGAAUCACGUCGGGACAUUAACUAUUUACAAUUAUUUAUCUGGUAAAUAUGCUAAGAAUUUUUUUGGGGCAACUACUGAGACGAGGAAUCAAAUAACAACUUUAUUUGACUACUCUGUGACCAAUCUGAUGAAGUACCUCCAUCUACCCCUUGGGGAUUGCCUUAAGAACAAAUUAUCUGAAUUGAAUAAGUGUUUUCUGAAGAAUACUUUUUUUGUGGAGGACCAAAUCACAGCAGCUGAUGUUUCGAUGGCCAUAAUCAUUGAAGAAUUGUUAAGUAGGAAUAUAAUUGACAAUUGUAUUAUGGAAAAUGAUUAUUAUUGCGUCAAAAGAUGGUUUGAAACUGUUACUGCACAAGAUUUGUACAAGAAAUAUCUAUGCACCCUUAAAGGCGCCUCGAGCCUUAAUCCAAUUGAGGAGGAAGAGGCAGAAGCUCCAAAGAAAAAAGAUCCAUUAGAUUUCCUACCUCCAACAACACUAAGUUUAGACGAAUGGAAAAGAAUUUACAGCAACAACAAGACGCAACUUUAUCAAAUUGCCAUGCCUUGGUUCUGGAAAAACUACGACUCAGAAGGCUGGUCUCUAUAUAAAAUCAAGUACGACAAGCUGGAGGAUGAGUGCAAAGUAUCAUUUCUAACUUGUAAUAUGCUGAGUGGUUUCCUUCAAAGAUUUCCUCCUGAUUUCAGAAAGUAUUCAUUCGGAGUAACUCAUGUUUUGGGCUCUGGGGGAAAUUUUGACAUAAUGGGCGUGUGGUUAGUUAGGGGUAAUGAUCUUCCCACACAAAUAAAGGAACAUCCAUCUUAUGAAUAUCACACAUUUACCAAGUUGGAUCAUAAUAUUGCUGAGCACAAGAAAUUGGUGGAGGACUAUUGGUGUUCUGAUUCCAUAAUUGAGGGAAUAAGUAUUGAAAGCUCAACCGUAUGGAAAUAA